CUGUCCUAUUCAGUCUGUUUUUAUGACUUUAUAAAUGGUCCAAGUUCGUUUCAUCAACUGACUUAAUCAUGUUGAGCAAUUAAAAAUAUUCAAAAUAUUGAAAGUUGAAGAACAACAUUUCAUAUUGUUACAUGUUCAAAAAUACAUUAUUUUCGCCGUCCUGUCUGUUUCUGUUGCCUUCAUUCUGAUCUUCCCAGAGCUGGUCUUAUUGCAUAUGGAAACUACUCGAAAUCUAUAACUGUCUUAUUAUGGCAUGGUAACAUUUCUCUUUGUUUGAAUGUGAACUUGAUUCAUGUGUAAAAUACUAUGCCGUCAAUGUUGAUGCCCCAAAUUCAUUCUACUACUUAAGCCAAGAGUCAAACAAAAUUAAAUUUGAAUGGUUAUUUUGAUAGGAUGUGCUUGCCUUCAAAAGCAUGAAUUGUUAGUUAAUAAAAGAAAAGUUGGUCCUUAGAAGCAUUUCUCGAGGAUUAAAUAAAAAUAGGACUGUGAAAUUCGUUGGUAGUCAGGAAUCUGGUAAAAAGCAAUUGAAGAUGACUUUCUGCAGCAACAGGGCAAAAUCAAAUGUGAAACUUCCUCUAACUACCUACUGAAUAGUGUCUUCCCCACAGAUAAAAAGAAAAUUAGAAACCUAGUUGUUUGCCAAAAUAGGGAAAAUUCCAAGAGAAUUUAAAAGCCUAAACUGUGUUGCCAGCUAUUUAUAACACCCACGAGCACCUCUUCAUCCUACCUGUUAUCUGCAUUCUAUGCUUCAGCCCUCAGAAAAGCUAAAGCUUGAUUUUCUAGACCCACCUUACCUUCUCUUCAUCCUUCCAAUCUUCUCUUUUAAUUUCCAAACUUGAAAAAAAUCUUGUUAGUUAGAGAAAUAUGAGGGGUAAGUCUUCUUUGUCAAAGUCUAAAAAUGGUGGAGUUGAAACCGAGAAUGAGCCUCAUUUGUCGGGUGCUUACAUUCGAAGCCUUGUUAAACAGUUAUCCUCUUCCUCUUCAAAAACCAAAGAUUCAUCCAGUUCCAGCUUAGAGGGAGAUGGGAAUUCGAGCAAUGAAAGCUUGUUUGGAAGUAGCUGUGAUGGAUUUUCUGAUCAGAAAAAAGAAAAAUCCCCUCCGCCGCCUCAACCACACAAAAAGCAAGUAAGGAGACGGCUGCAUACCAGCAGACCCUACCAAGAGAGGCUGCUGAAUAUGGCUGAAGCGCGGCGAGAAAUCGUCACUGCCCUUAAGUAUCAUAGAGCAGCUAUGAAAAAAGCCACUGAAAGACAGCAGCAGCAGCAAAUGGAGAUAACCUCCCAAACUCAGGUGUUUGAGCCUUCAUCUCAUCAUUUUUCUUUAGAACAAGAAGACAAAUUGAAAUUCAGGAGAAAUCCAAGAUUUUAUGCUUCAAAUUCCUCAAUUCCUGAUAAAUUCCCAAGAAGUUAUCCUGAUAAUUUCUCCCAAUCACCGGGAUUUUCAUCUCCGUAUUCUUGGUCCAUUUCUCCGAUUGCACCACCACCACUACCACCUGUCCAAGAAAAUUUCAACUUCACACUGCCUAGCCAAACACUUGGCCUCAAUCUAAAUCUUCAAGAUUUUAACAACUUGGAUUCCACUUUCCUCAGUAGUACAAAUCAUUCAUCAAUUUACUCAUCCUCAUCCCCAUCAACCUCUUCCUCCCCUCUUUCAGCCACCACCGAGGAAAUUCCAUGCAUGGGACCACCAGCUUCGGUGGCUGAGUUUGGAGAUUCCGGUUUGCAUGCUGUGAUGGAUGAUAAGGAGAUUGCUGAGAUCAAGUCAAUUGGAGACCAAUACCAGAUGGAGUGGGAUGAUACUUUGAACUUGGUGAAUUCGGCUUGGUGGCUCAAAUUCUUGAAGGCAAUGGAAAUCACACCUGAGAAUCAGAGUGUUCAGGAUUUCCCAUUUGAUGAAGUCAUGGAGUUCCCAGCCUGGCUCAAUGCGAACGACGGCUGCUUGCAGGAUGUGAACUCUGAUAAUUACUUUGAAGAUCCUGCUUUGCCGUGCAUGGAUAUCGGAGAAAUCGAAGGGAUGGAUGGUGACUGGUUAGCCUGAGAAAGAUUGAUUGUUCCUUUUUUCGCAUAAUAAUCAAAUCGCCGGUAGCCUUCCCGUCCUCCUCCUGCCCACCGCUUGGGCACCUGGAGCUUAUAAAAUACUUAUAUUUUUCCAAAUAUUUCGAAUAAGACUUGUCUGCCUGUGUAACCAAAUCAGGCAAUCCAAUUUUUUGUUGAUUGAAGUUGUAACAUAGUACUCCAUUUCUUAGUAGUUUGUAAUUGCAAAAAUCCCAUUUUCAAGCUUAAUAUAAUACAAGGAAAAUCUGAUGAAA